AUGGGGAACACUGUUCUACAGUUUCCUGUACAGCAACUUUCAUACAUGUUCCCAUCUGGAAAAUUUGUGAAACCUGUCUCACAGGCCCCAGCCAUUGCGGUAGAGGCCACCCACACCCCAGAGGUGAAAGGUGAUGCUCCUGCCCUAGCUUCUGCCAAAGCUGUUCAGGAUGCUCCUGCCGAAGUGGUGAAGUCUGCUAUUCUCUUCCCAGCCAACUAUGUUGCCCCAGCAGACAAAGCCGAUGAUGACGCCACAGCAGAUGAGGCCGACCAUGCCACACCAGCGGAUGAGGCCAUUGAUUCCGCCCUAGCGGACGAGGCCUUUGAUUCCGCCAAAGAGGUGAAGACGGCUAUUCUCGCCCCAGCUGUCUAUGCUGUCCCAGCGGACAACACCGACUAUGAAGCCACACCAGAUGAGGCCGACCAUGCCACUCCAGCGGAUGAGGCCUUUGAUUCCACCCUAGUGGAUGAGGCCUUUGAUUCCGUCAUAGUGGAUGAGGACAAAGAUGCCGCCCAAUUGGAUGAGGCUCAGGAUGUUGCCCCAGUGGAUGAGGACAGUGAUACCGAACCAGCAGACGUGGCCAACAAUGUCUCCCAUGUGGAUGAGGCUGACGAUUCCUCCUUACAAGACAAGGAUGAUGAUGCUAGUGCUGUAGAGACCAAGCUCAUGAUAACGACGAUCCUCCGCCCCGCCGCCUGCACGCCACGCCCAUCCGUCCCGGACCGUCCGUCAUCAGAGGAACUCCCGGCCGUCACUGAAGAGGAGCGCAGCCGCAGCACAGCCAGCCGCAGCAUCGUGGAAAAGGAGCAGCGCGUCUUUGAAUUUGUUGAAACACUUGAACCAUUAUGUCAAAACGCCCAAAGCCCUCUGGUGCACAAGGAAGAAAAAAAAGAAAAGAAGAGGAAGAAAAAUGGAAAAAAGACAAAGAUGCACUUCUUAAAUAUUUAA